AAUUUAGUCUGCACACUUAAUACAAACCGGCAAUGCGGUGUGAUAGUGAACUCGUUUGGCGGCAUUCUCAAGGACCAUUGUGUACCAGUCCUCCUUGAAAUGCAGCCAAAAGAUGCGAUGCGUAGUCGUCAUAUGUCACCGAUGUGUUAAGAACUUCUCCGCUAAGCGUUAUAACGUUAGAUAAAUCGCGGUAAACAGAAGCGGCAUUAUUCAAGAUGGAAAUCUUAUACGUUAUAUCUGACGUCCUGAGUAUUAUAACCAUCACUUUGUGCCUUGUUUUGAAAAUACCACAAAUUUUAAAUUUGCUGAAAGUUAAGAGUGCUGUUGGCAUUAACCUGUAUGGAUUACUUUUGGAACUGACAAGCUAUACUAUUAUGGCAAGCUACAAUUUUUGUAACGAUUAUGCAUUGCUAUCGUACAUGGAAUAUCCAAUAAUUUUGGUGCAAGAAAUUAUUUUAAUUUAUUUGGUACUGAAGUAUAAGAAUAUGGUGAACACGCUGAGUUUCGCAAUAUUCGGGAUUUAUUUAGGAUUGACAUCGGCUUUUCUUACCGGCGUACUACCAAAGACGAUUCUGUCGAUUUUAGUCCCACUAUGUACUCCUGUCUCAGCCUCGAGUAAAGUUGUCCAACUAUUGGAAAUUUUAAGAACCAAGAAUGCAGCAUCUGUUAGCGUUUUGACCUGGUUUCUAUCCGCAUUUACUAAUCUCACACGUGUAUACACCAUCUUCCUAGAUUCGGCAGACAUUACACUUUUGUCGAAUUUUAUUAUAUCUGUGAUACUAAGCAGUUCUGUUAUGGUAGCUGCUAUUGUGUACAAGAAGCCAAAGACAUCUUAAACAGUAGUAAUUUUUCUAUGUAGUGUGCUGUUUUGAACAAUCUUAAUUCCUGCCAUAUGGAUUUGCUAUAAGCUUUUGUAGGUAAAUUAUCUAAGAAUCGGUUACCAACUCGGUGCUGACUAUAGACGUCACCAGAGUCAAAGCAAUUUGGCAAUAACACACUGCCUGACUGAUAGUAAUGAUGUAUAAUGCUUCCUUAGCAUUGCCAUUUUAGGAAGGACUCCACUUCUUGAGGAAGAAUGAGUUCCUUUCUCCUGUUUUUCUAGAUCUUGCUUUAUAAUGUAUAUAUGCUGUAACUUGAUACUUACUUCAUGAAGGAGGGGGCUGCUAGAAGUAGAUGUAAAUGAUCCCUGUCUCACAGAUGGACUACUUUUCCUGUAGAGGCAGCAUGUGAAACAAGCAUACGCCAGAAGUGUAAUUUCUACAGUUUACAAAGUACUCCCAUACAAAGCUACCAUACACAGUGGCAGCUGGUGAUCAUGUGCUAAUGUGCUACAGCACACUAAACAUAACACUAAAAUUAUGCCUUUUCUCUUCAAAUGCUUGCCGGUGUGCAAAUGAAAUGGACAAAAACAUGUUUUGAGGCACUCUCUCCAUGAUAACUGUAAACAGAAGCCAGUGUCGAAAGUUGAAAUGAUGGUCAGUUGCACUACAAUAAACUCUGAGAAGGGGGAUACAGCUGUGUGUUUUUGACUAUGCAUUCUCUGAUGUGACAUCAUCCACUAAGGGUGUUUCAUUGCUCACAGCACCAGGUCAGUAUUUUUCUUUGAAAGUGCAUAUAAAAUCUUGUGCAAGAAACAUGGCAAAUUGUAUAGGUGAUCUGCUAAAAGCGGACAUUUUUCUGUAGAUCUUUUGAGUAGAAAGUGAGAGAGAAUGAGUUAGGUAGGCCUACUCCAAAUUUAAAUCUAACAAGGGGAGGGCAUGGUAUAGAGCUCACCGAUUUGGCUCAAACUACAUGAAUAGAAGUCAGUAGAUGCCUCUUUAGAGUUUCUAAACUAUUUCCCCUGAAUGGGAUGUAGGAAAGGGUAAACAGUGACUAAAGAUUGACAAGUACAGUAUGAGGGAUUUCUGAGCAAUGGCUGUCAUAUCAAUGCCGUGACGCAGAGGACAAGCACACUGACUGACAAUUUGUCAGCUCGGGUUUGAUUCCUCGUAACAUUAAACUAUUCAUUAUAUAAUUUAAACAUAUUUAUGUAGUACAGUUUAUAUAAGUAAAAUUAAUGUAUUCAGUUGAGUUAUGAUUACCCUUGUAAGUCAAAAGGCUACAGGAGGUGUUAAAAUGAGAAUAUGUAGAAAUUUCAUAUGAAUUUGUAUGAAAAGAAUUGGAUCUUUGGGUGUGAUGUUCAUAAUGCACUAUUUUUGCUUUCCAUGCUUCUUGUUUGGGUACAGUGAUGGAUUGGGUGCAAGAGGAGUAAAAGGCAUAGGGCAUAAUAAUGCAUUAAUAAGAAAACAUAGCAGGAAUCAUUAAAUACUUGAUCAUAGAGCAUUAGGUACAGCUAAUGUCACAGCAAUAUCAAAUCACACCUAUCAUGACAACAUAGUGAAACACACUCUGUUUAUUUUUGUAAUAUUGUAUCAUAUUGGUAAAAUUUUUCCCGAGCUGCCACUGGGUUACCUGUGUAAGGUUAGCACUGAUCAGAAACUGUUAAGUAUUGGUGGACUUUAACUGGUUCUUCACCUCUGAGAAUACCCAUGAGAAGUGCCAAGUUACAGUGUGCACAUAGUAAGUUAUUCUCAUAGGCAAUAUGUCAGUCAACUCAAAGCAGAAAUUACAGUGUAAUAAUGCAGCAUCUGUUCACUGAAGAACUCCAUAAAAAGACAUUUGAUAGGCUGUGCUGUUUAGAUUUUACUGUAUGAUAUUUUUGUAUAAUCAGCUCAUUUGAUAAGCUGUUUUAUGAAACUCCUUAUAUGUUUACAUUGAUUUUAAGGCAUAUUGCAUCAUUAUGAUACUAGUGAAUAAUUUUAUUUUCCAUUACAAUUUCACAUUUAAGCUGAGGGGGCUAAUGGAUUAAUGAAGAAGUACGCACCAUAGCAUGCAGUCAAGUAGAUUCAUUUCUGUAUUUGGGGAAUGACACCUCUCUCUCUCUCUCUCUCUCUCUCUCUCUCUCUAUAUAUAUAUAUAUAUAUAUAUAUAUAUAUAUAUAUAUAUAUAUAUAUGUGAUUCUCUGCAGAGAAUUGUGCAGUAUUUGAUAAAAGAUAAAAAUUUCCAAUAAUAUUCAAAUGACUUCAUAUUCCCUAUGCAAACAGAAGAUUGGAAACUUGUUUGUAUAGUAAUGUGCUCUCAUUAACACUCCAUGCUCAUACCACAUAGACAUGUAGGUCAUAGAUUACUCUAACAUUGUGCUUGUCUUGUUAUUUUCACCUAAUACAGACUAACAACACUUGGACAAUACCAAAGAGUACACCACACAAGAUUCUAAUAUGCAGUUUCUUUUUUAGAAAGUAGUUUGUUGACCAUGAGGUCCAUGUUUUCAUGUGGUCAGAUAGUUAUUAUAAUGAUCACUCAAAGUGAUAUUAUGGCUGUGACAGGCUGUACUGCUUUAUAAACAGUAUUUUCUUCAAAUAGUGGUGUGUUUCUUAAUCCUUUGGCUCCAUAGUAAUCAAUGGGAAGAAACAGACAUUGUGUGGGUAAAGUCUUUCCUUCAGUUAUCAGUCUUUGCUGUAACAGUAUAAUGUAGCAGUAGCCAUAGGUGGUGUACCUUACUCCUGUCAGAACAUCCCUGGACUCCCCCAUGGCAGUGUUUAUGGAAGAAUGAGUUUAUUUCCUCUGAUCCCCCCACUUCUCCCACAAGGAGUAAAGAAAACAUGCACACAUCAUCUUCUAUUUGCGCAUUUCAACUUUAUUAGUAUAGUCAACAAUUAGUCAUGCUCUCUUUGAAAUGUUGCUUGUCGAAUGUUCCUUAUUUUAAGAAUUUACUUCAGCUGCAAACCUAUGUUUCCAAAAAUUUGUUAUGUUUUAGAUUUUAAGUGGAAAAUUAUUAACUCCAGCUGUCUCUAAUGACCUGAUUGUCAUUGGGGCAUUAGUGUUUAAUGUUCCAUCUUGUUUUUCUCAUUUUGUGUGUCUUUGCAUUGUAAUGCUUCGGUAUUGUUCAUUUUAUUUCAUUUAAUUUUUGCUACAUUAUAUAAUAAAAAUGUGAUCAUUUGUAUGAUGUGAUGGUCAGUAGAAUUUUUGUUGGGUCACACAUUCAGUAGCUGAACAAGAAAUUGUACAAGACAAUUUGUUGGCAAAGUGGGUGAUUGUAUUCUGUCCUAUAUUUCAUAGGGUACUUUCAAACAGUAGAAAGUUUAGAAUGGAAUAACAGUAUGGAAAGGAUAGUCAAUACUUCCCAUUUUGUUGUCGUAGGUCACUUUGUUUUAUUUAAACUUAUGUGAUACCUCAACUGAAAAGUGUGUAUAAAUAAUCUCCUGUGCUGCUGUAGUCAUUGUUGAAGAACUGAGAGAAUUGUUUUAGAACUUUCCAUUUGUACAUAAUGAAAGAAAAAAAUCUUUGUUUUUGUUAUGAUUUAUUUGUUUUCACAUACCUCAUUGUUUAACAUAAUGCUCUUGUUCUUAAGGCUUUAAGAUUAUGUUCACUGAAAAUAAAUAAUUUUCAAAAUCUUAAUUAUCAUAUUGUAAAAUUUAUAGCAUGUUCACAACAAAAAAUAUUGUAACGAAAGUUUCAUAGCAUUACAACUAAAUGGUAAAUUUUUAAUGCCUGUCAAUUUUUUGAACUGUUUCUGAAAUGUUGAAUAGUAACUGAUUCCAUGUUAAUUAUUGUAAUUUUAAAUUUAUGUAUGUUUCAAGUUUUAAUGAUCAUGAACUUUGAUUUCAAUCAGAUAUAUUGAUAGGCUAAACCUAUCACUGUACCUGCCUUUUUAUAACAAGUUCCAUGAGAAUUUGUUUUUCGUGAAGACAAUAUGUACCUGUUAUACAAUAAUAAAAAAAUGCUCUUUUACACCAAAUAACCCUCACUGUGUUGUUUAUAGGCUAUGAAAGAUGCUUUCUGUAUUCUGAUUUUAACUGGACAUUGGGAAUAAUAUACGAACUAAAAGACGAA